AUGAAAGAGGCCUUAAAACCAGCAAUAGGAAAGUUCGUCGAGAAAACAAGAACUGUACCAAAACACAUUGUACUUAUGAGCCUGAUUAUUGCCUUGCUGACUUAUGUUGUCAUGAGUUAUGUAAUGCCCAAAUUAAUGAAUUAUUGGAGAAUUUUGGAUUGGAGAAAACAUCACACGGAAAAGGACGAGUUACAACACAAGAAGAGACUAAUCAAAUUAAUGGAUAUUGAGGAAGGAAACUCUUCCAAUGGUUGUAACCACUGUAGAUAUACAUGUGAGACAAGAUCCAAGAAAUCUCUCAACUCAUCUGAAGACACCAAUUAUAUUUCUACGACUAAUUUUGACAUUAAGAAUUCAAUUACACUCUCCGUAGUCAGUUUUAUAUAUGCAACUUUUGUAUACUUGGGUCAACCAAUUCAAGUAUGGUGCUUGGCAAUUAGCUUUGUUCAAUUAUUUGUUUUCCACACUGGAAAAUCUUUCUAUCCUCUUGCUAUUUUCACAAUCUUUAUUGCAGUAGUUGAGACAAAAAAUCAAUUAAGCAAAUGGAAAACAGAUAAGGAGAAAAAUGAAAGACCUGUCAAAAUGGCUAACGGUACUGUCAAGCAGAGAGGCGAGUUGAGAUGUGGUGAUGAGGUCAUAAUUUCUAUUGGAGAGGAGGUACCUGCUGAUUUAAUAUUAACAGAUAUUAUUGUUGAGGAUAAUAAGAAUCAUUCGAGAAAGCCUAUUCUCUACAUGAACGAGGUUACUGUCACUGGUGAAAAUGAUCCUGUUAAAAAGUGUUUGUUGACGGAAGAGAUAAAAUCGAUCCGUAUUGACAACCUGCUACUCAGAAGUGCCAUAAUCAAUGAAAAGAUCCACGUAGAUGAAUCAUAUAUUAUAUUUGCCAAUUCAGUCAUUGCAUCAAUUGACCAAAACAUUUGCGUGAGAGGUAUCGUGGCAUGGUCUGGUACGGAGACAAAGGCGUUGCAUUCGAGUGGAGCCAAUACUUCAAAACAACCAACACCUUUCCUCGAGUACACAAACAAGGGAUUCUUUAUCAGUUUGGCCCUAAUGCUUUUCCUUGCCACUGUCAAUACGAUUGCAAGCAUGUUCUUUGGUGUAGAGGGAGGGGAGGAGCAUUCAUUUGGAAAGGUACUGAUUACACAAAUAAUGUUUAUUAACAUGAUGGUACCUCAAGGUUUAGAGCAAUUAAGAACGACGGUUUGUCAUUUGCUUGCAUUUAAUUUUAGGAGCAAUGUGAAUUGUAACAACCCUCUAGCAGUGGACGUUUUGGCAUAUGUUAACAGAAUUAUUUCGGAUAAGACCGGAACCUUAACUGUGAACUUGAUGCAACCAAAAUACACCAUGCUAUUUCUUGAGGAUGAAAGGACCGAAAUCACCAGUAGCACUGAUUUGGAUGCUUUACAUGUGGUGUAUGAGUAUGGCGUUUCUUGUGAAACCGAUUUAACAAAAUGUCACAAGGCGAAUUGCUUUGCAAUUUAUAGCACUACGGGUGUUGAGCCUGAAGAGAGAGCAAUUCGAGAAAUGGUAUCACCAUAUUCAAGAAUGAUUAGUCAUUGGCCGUCAGAACCCCAAGACAUUGAACCUGGAAGCGUUGAGUUCUCCGUUUUCGGAAGUGACUUUAUUGAGAAACGGCAUGAAUUGAAAAUUAUUGCAUUUUUCGGGUUUAUCAGAGAAUUCCUAUGCAAAUCUUGCCUCUUUCAAGAUACAGAGACGGGAGAGUAUUAUGUGGGAGUACAAGCAGGUGAUGAGCUCUUUUGGCGUGGAGAGACUGGAAUUUCUACUCACCCUUCUUCUGAGAAAAAGCUUGAAAAAUGGUCAGGCUUUCACGAAGUAGAAGACAAGGAUGCAGAAUUGGGCCUUGGAGCUCCAAGAACGUGGAGUCAUGGUAUUAAACCCAUUGGCGAUUCUGAGGCUCAACAAAUCAUUUCACAAUGGAGAGAUAGUUUUUCUGUCCUAGAGCUGGAAGAAAGGAUGAGCAUUCAAAAGGAAAUUGUUAAAGAGGCACUCACAAACAUUCGUCUCACCUCUAUUACUCACAUGGUAGAUAGGUAUAGAGAGGGCGUGAAAAGUGGAAUUAAGCAACUUAAUAAGGCUGGUAAACAGUUCUGCAUUUGCACUGGAGAUUCUUUCAAGAAUGCAAAACUCAUUGCCACGCAUUUAUCCCUUCCAAACCACGUCAUCAUUCAAGGAUCCACUGGGGAAGAGUUAAUGAAGUCUUUGGAUAAUGCUGAGGCAGAGGCAAUGAAUGGCUCAUGCACCUUCUUCUUUGAUCGAACAACAAUGGAAUUGUUGAGAACUCUCUACACCAAUAGCGGAUCUAAAUUUAGGGGACCUAUUUUCGAAAGACUUCUUCUCUUGAUCAAUAUGAAGGGAAAGAAACAACGAUUUCAACACUCACUCGUUUUUUGUAGAUCAACACCUGGGUUAAAACUUUGGUGUGUCAAGCUUUUACAAUAUCAUCAUGCUCAAACUUUCACUCAGCAAAUAUUUUACACAAGAAACUAUGUUCUAGCAAUGGGUGAUGGUACCAAUGAUUUACAAAUGUUAAAGGCAUGUGAUAUUAGUUAUGGAAUCAAAUCAGGAGAAACUGAAGACGUGUGUAAACAAACAGAUAUUUGGGCCACUGAGUGGUCUCCUCUUUUGGAUUUAUUAGAAAAGGAUGGCUUUGAAAAAGCAGUCAUGCUUGGUACUAUGGUAAAGGCCACUUUUUGGAAACAUUGGUGUUUUGCCUUAACAUUGUGGAGUGAUUUGUUAUUCCAAGGAUUCCCAUUGUAUCCAAGAGAUCCAACAGAACCAAUGCUCAUGCUGGUAUUCAAUGGUGUGGUAUUUGGACAGAUUGCCAGUCACGUCUCGAGUGACAUUGUUUCAGACUUCUCACAAUUCAGAAAGACCAACAUGAUGAGCAUGAGGGCCUUUUUACGAUGGGUCGUAGGAGCAAGCGUCACAGCUGUAUGUACUCACUGGAUUAUUCGAUGGCUAUUCCCAAUGGCCAGCUCGAGUCAUUUUGGAGCCUAUGUUCAAGUUUCUCAUGCAGUAAGCAUUACUGUCUAUCUUUACCUUACUACGAAUUCAUGGAGCGAUGACGAAGAUGUGGUAACAUUUAAAAAUCAGCCUGAAAAGUUUUACAAAUCAUCCUCUCUUAGCCAACAACACAUGAAUGGACAGUCUAUAGCAACAAAUUUGGCAUCCAUUAGCACGAACGGCAUUCACUCAGCUGUAGGAAUGAACAAUGACAUUGCUGCUGUCAGCAUGACAACAAAUCGACCACAGCCAAAAGUGAGCUAUUCACGCCUAUAUUUUUCAAUUUUGAGUUUUGUGGUUACGUUUGCCGUUUCCAUGUUUAUUUACAGACAUAUUGAGGAUACUAUUUCAAAAGUAACAGCACUCGCAAUUGUCAUUCCAUCACUGGGUUAUCCUACUCUGUACUUGUUCAAAUGUUUUACACAUGACGUUCCCUUCAUUGAAAAAUCUGUUCGAUUACUAUGGGAUUUGAAGUUCAAUGAAAUUUUGAUAAGCUUUGUAAAAUUCUCUCACACACCACAUAUGAGAGUAUUGCCAAUUAUUGGGUUUUCAUUAAUUAUCAAGAUAUUGAGCGGAAUUCCAGUGUUGGGGGCAGUAUUGGUGAUGGGAAUGAGCGUGGUAGCUACGACUUUUACCUUUUUAAUAUUUGUGAGCAAGAUGGGAUUUUUAAGGGCAUUAUUGGAUGGAAGAAGCGUUGCUGUUGGCUUGAUUUGCUUCUUGGUUGGUAUUUGGGUUGGAAGAAGUACGUGCUCUGUGAAAAUUUAA